CCGCCGCCCGCGUCCCGCCGCCUCGCCCGCCCGGUCCCGCCGCCGUCUGCGACGCACCCCUGACUCCCUCCCAGGUCUUCAAUCCCUUACAAUGGAGGCAAGCAGGCACACCCGAGUGUCUCGUCCAUACAAGAUCAGCGAGUCUUCAAAGGUGUACCACUGGACUGACCACUCCACCACCGUGCUGCAGAGACUGAAUGAGCAGCGGCUGCGUGGCCUCUUCUGCGACGUGAUCCUGGUGGCCGACGAGCAGCAUGUGCCAGCCCACCGCAACCUGCUGGCUGUGUGCAGUGACUACUUCAACUCCAUGUUCACCUUGGGCAUGCGUGAGGCCUUCCAGAAGGAGGUGGAGAUGUUUGGCACCUCUUAUGUGGGGCUCAAGGCCGUGGUGGACUUCUUGUACGGUGGUGAGCUGGUGCUGGAUGGUGGCAACAUUGACUACAUCUUGGAGACGGCGCACCUGCUGCAGAUCUGGACGGUGGUGGACUUCUGUUGUGAGUACCUGGAGCAGGAGGUGAGCGAGGACAACUACCUGUACCUGCAGGAGCUGGCCUCCAUCUACAGCCUUAAGCGGCUUGAUGUCUUCAUUGACAACUUUGUGCUGAGCCACUUCGGCACACUGUCCUUCACGCCUGACUUCCUGCAGAGUGUCUCCGUGCAGAAGCUGUGCUUGUACCUCAGCAGCAGCCGGGUGCAGCACGAGUGCGAGCACGACCUGCUGCAGGUGGCCCUGCAGUGGCUGACGCAGCAGCCAGAGCGCGAGACACACGCCCACCGUGUGCUGGAGAAUAUCCACUUCCCGCUUAUCCCCAAGAAUGACCUGCUGCACCGCGUCAAGCCGGCCGUGAGUGCCCUGCUGCCCCGCGAGGCCGACUGUGAGAGCUUUAUUGAGGAGGCUGUGCACUACCACGACAACUUGGCUGCGCAGCCCGUCAUGCAGACCAAGUACACCGCGCUGCGUACCAAUGAGGAGUGCCUGCUGUUCGUGGGCGGUGAGGUCUCUGAGCGGUGUCUGGAGCUCAGUGAUGAUACUUGCUACCUGGAUACCAAGAGCCAGCAGUGGGUCACGGAGACACCCCUGCCAGCCUGCCGGAGCCACCACUGUGUUGCCGUGCUGGGGGGCUUUAUCUUCAUUGCGGGUGGCAGCUUCUCCAGGGACAACGGAGGGGAUGCAGCCUCCAAUCUUUUUUAUAGGUAUGACCCCCGCUGUAAACAGUGGAUCAAGGGAGAAAAAAGAAAUUGGACUACUAGGUGGGAGGAGGAAGUCCCAGCUUUGGAGUCUGUCUCCAGAAGCUUUAUGACAGUGCCAGCCCAGAUGUGUGGCCUCCUACCAGACCCUGUGCCACUGUGUCCUGCUGGGAUUGUGAAGAUGGCCUCCAUGAACCAGCGCCGUGUGGAUUUCUACUUGGCCUCCAUUGAGGACAUGCUGGUGGCAGUCGGUGGCCGGAAUGAGAAUGGAGCGCUGUCUUCUGUAGAGACGUACAGUCCCAAGACUGACUCCUGGUCCUACGUGGCUGCCUUGCCAAGGUUCACCUAUGGCCAUGCAGGCACCAUCUACAAGAACUUCCUGUACAUCUCGGGGGGCCAUGACUACCAGAUUGGCCCAUAUCGCAAAAACUUGGUGUGCUAUGACUACCGGACUGACGUGUGGGAGGAGCGGCGGCCCAUGACCACUGCUCGUGGCUGGCACAGCAUGUGCAGCCUGGGUGAUACCAUCUACUCCAUUGGGGGCAGCGACGACCAUGUUGACUCCAUGGAGCGCUUUGACGUGCUGAGCGUGGAGGCCUACAGCCCACAGUGCAACCAGUGGACCUGCGUGGCCCCCCUCCUGCAGGCUAACAGUGAGUCCGGUGUGGCCGUGUGGCAGGGCCGCAUUUAUAUUCUGGGUGGCUAUAGCUGGGAGCACACCACCUUCUCCAAGGCCGUGCAGGUGUAUGACCAUGAGGCUGACCGCUGGAGCAGAGGCCCUGACCUGCCGAAGUGCAUUGCUGGUGUGUCAGCCUGUGUGUGUGCCCUGAAGCCGCGGCUAGAAGACAAGAAGAAAGGCAAGGCCAGGCAGCACCAGGACCACAGUGAAUGACAGCCACCCUCCCAUCCUGGCUGCAUUCUAUACUCAGCAGCUUUUUUUGUACUUUUAUGAUCCUUGGUAUUUCUAUGACAUCACAGUAACUGAUAAUUAAACAUUCUACGUAACUACA